AUGGCUGAAAAUAGUGAUAAUGAAAAAAUGGUUUCUCUGGAGGCCAAAAUCUGUCAUCAAAUUGAGUAUUAUUUUGGCAACUUUAAUUUGCCAUGGGACAAAUUUUUAAAGGAACAGAUCAAACUGGACGAAGGCUGGGUACCUUUGGAGACGAUAAAAUUCAAUACCUUAAAUCAUCUAACAACAGACUUUAAUGUAAUAGUAGAAGCACUGAGCAAAUCUAAGGCAGAGCUCAUGGAAAUAAGUGAAAAUAAAACUAAAAUAAGAAGAUCUCCAAGUAAACCUCUUGCUGAAGUGACUGACAAGUAUAAAAAUGAUGUAAAAAACAGAUCCGUUUAUAUUAAAGACUUCCCAACUGAUGCAAACCUAGAUGACAUAAAAACAUGGUUGGAAGGUAAAGGUCAAGUACUAAAUAUUUGGAUGAGAACAUUGCACAAAGCAUUUAAGGAAUCAAUAUUUGCUGUGUUCAAUAGAAUUGAAUCUGCUAAGAAGUUUGCAGAGACCCCUGGCCAGAAUGCAGACACAGACCUGCUUAUACUUUUCAAGGAAGAUUACUUUGCAAAAAAGAAUAAAGAAAGAAAGCAAAAUAAAGUGGAAGCUAAAUUAAGAGCUAAACAAGAGCAAGAAGAAAAACAGAAGUUGGUAGAAGAUGCUGAAAUGAAAUCUCUAGAAGAAAAGAUUGGAUGCUUGCUGAAAUUUUUGGAUGACUUAGAUGAUCAGACCUGCAGAGAAGAUUUGUACAUCCUUUUCUCAAGUCAUGGUGAAAUAAAAUGGAUAGACUUUGUCAGAGGAGCAAAAGAGGGAAUAAUUAUAUUUAAAGAAAAAGCUAAAGAAGCACUGAAUAAAGCUAAAGAUGCAAAUAAUGGUAAUCUGCAAUUAAGGAAUAAAGUUGUGACUUGGGGAGUACUAGAAGGAGAGGUGGAGAAAGAUGCAUUGAAAAAAAUCAUAGAAGACCAACAAGAAUCCCUAAACAAAGGGGAAUCAAAAGGUCACAGAUUUAAAGGAAAAGGAAAGGGAAAUAAACCUGCCCAGGCUGGGUCUGCUAAAGGCAAAUUACAGUUUCAGGGCAAGAAAACUAAUUUGGACAAUGAUGAUGAAUGUAAUAAAAAUGGUGCAGCUGGAGCAGUGAAAAGAGCACAAGAAGCAGACAAGGAAGAACCUGCAUCAAAACAACAGAAAACAGAAAACGGUACUGGAGACCAGCAGCUUAGGAAACAAAAUAUUUAUUCAUUUUAA